ACAAAUCGCUGAGGUGUGUCCUGGGCUCCUCUUGAUCUCCCUUGGUUGUAACACUGCUGCUGAGGAACCAGGAUGUUUAACUGGAUGGUGAAGGUGGUGCCUCAGGUGCCGGAAGGUACCGACACUGUGGGAGAACAGAAGCUCAGUGUUGCUGAUGGGAAUGGGAAAGCAGUAGGAACCCGAGGAAAGCUGAAGUCAGCGAAAUCAAUCAGGGAGGAUGAUCAAGGGUCAGAAACAUCCCAGGGCAGUGUUCAGAGUGGGGUCCUGAACUGGCUCUCUAACGGCUUUGUGAGCGCUCUGCCCCAGCCAGCAGGAAGCCCCCUCGUGCAAAGAGCCAACUCUGAGGCCAAGGCUUCUGAAGAAGAAGGUUCAGAGAGCAGACCAGGAGUGAUUGGAUGGAUCUCUCAGGGAAUCGGGAAGGUUGUGCCUCAGCCAGAGGCUAAAUACACCCAGAAGAGCACAGAGCCUGACGAAACAACAGAGAUUUCAGAGGCCUGUGAGGCGGAGUGUGAAACAGAGACACCUAUUUACAAUAUGGAAGAAAUUCCAGACGCAGAGCCGCUACCUCACAUUCCAGUGGUCGAGAUGAUCUCAGAAGACGAAGUGUCUGAAAUACAACCUCAAGCUCAGUUCCAACCCCGAGUGGUGGGCUGGAUAAAAACUGGUCUGCAGAAUGCACUGCCCUACCCCAUGCCCCGACCACCUGACUUUCCAGACAGCAGCUCACAGAGAUCAUCCCGUUGUUCACAUAAAGUAUUGUCACCUCCUCCAGAAUCAGUGACCAGUCUUACAGAGGUCGAUACAAAGGUCAGCAUGAUGGGAUGGAUCGUCCAUGGUCUAGGCCUGGCUCUACCACAGCCUGUCAUAAGAAGCAAAGAGGAGCAUGGGGAGGCGGCAGACGUUGUGCAAAACGUUGUCCAUGUUAGGCCUACUCAUGCAGACAUGGUUCUUGAGGAGGUCGGUCCAGAGGAGGUGGUACCCGUCCAGGAGAGGAGAUCUGAGCAGCCUUCCUCAACGUCAGAGCCUUCAGGGGUCCUGCAGAGUUUGGCACAAUCAGAGCCAGUGGAACAAUCAGAACCAGAACCAGCGAGUUCUCUGAGCAUCCACCAGUCAGUGACAGGCUCAUGCACACAGUGGGAAGAUGCUGAGACCCAAACCGGACGAUGGACACCCUUCAUCGAGAGUAUCAGAAAAGAGGCAGAGAACAACGCCAUUGCAACUAUAGAGGAACGGUUGCGCCUGGAGCGUCUGGAGAUGGCGAGGAUGGCUGAAGAGGUGGCGAGGCAGACGGCGGAACAGGCAGUCAGAGAGCUGGCCAAAGCCAGACUGGCCAUGCACAGCACCAUCAUAGAGGUGGAGGAGGAGACAGAGCCAGAACCAGAACCAGAGCCAGAGUUACAGGUGCUGCGGGACGAGGAGAGUGAAGUGGAAGACUCACAGAAUAAAGUCACUGAGUGUGAGGAACUAUCUCGAGUCGAGGAGUUUGUCCAGGAAGUUGAAGAGCUAGAAGACAUUGUAGAGAAUCUAGAAGAAGCAGGAGAAGAUCCAGAGAAGGCAACAAAUAAUUUAGAAGAACCCGUCAAGGAUCCCAAAAAGGAACUAGACAAUGUAGAGGCAGAAAAAGAUGACCUAGAGAAGCCAGCAGAUCUAGAGAAGGCAGCAGACAAUCCAGAAAGAGAAGUAGACAAUUCAGAGAAAGUAGACGAGGACCUGGUUGAUGUAGUAGAACAUCCAGAGGAGGAAACAAAGGAAGCAGAAGAAUAUACAGAGGAGCCUCCUGUAGAAAAACCCAAGCUUCCCUCACCUCCUCCAGAAGCGGAGUCUGAGCCUGCUUCUCCUGAGCCUGUUAGAGCAGCAGCCUCUCCAGUAGAGGAGCCAGAGGAAUCAGAGGAAGAGGAUUCUGAGGGUUCUUCAGAGGCCGAAUCAGAAACAGCUGUAAUCACUGAGCAGCCCAAGCCUGUUCAUGGCAAUGCUGAUGCUCAGGAGGAGGGGGCGUUGACUGAGGAGGAAUCUGAGGUUCCCUCCAGGUGUGAUGCGUUAAAGGCCUGCCUCAUGCGUAUUCCCUGCACACACUUGUGCCUCAACCGCUUCAACCAGCUGUUGAAAGAGAACAACGUCACCCUGCCCAAAGUGCCCCCUAUGCCCAAGCUUCCUCAGCAGUUGUCCAGGGUCACCCAGCAACUGCCCUCAUUACCCACCCGACUCAACCAGCUGCCCCAACAACUCACAAGUAUUCCCCAGCAAAUCUCUGAGCGUGUGUCCAAGAUUCCCCAGCAAUUGCCUUCUUUUCCACCAAAACGUCCCACUUUUCCCCGAAGGUUUCCUUGCAGUUUACCUCAGGGGCUUUCCAACCUCCCACAGAGGCUGCCUGCCUUUCCUCAACGUCUGUCUAACAUUCAGGAACGCUUGUCCAACAUUCCACAACAAAUCUCCAACGUUCCACAGCGCCUAUCCAGUGUUCCGCAGCGCCUAUCCAACGUUCCACAGCAUCUAUCCAGCUUUCCACAGCAUGCCCGGCAGUGCUAUGCCACUGUUCAGAACCGUCUGAACAGUCUCAGACCUGCACAAGAUGCCUAAACAGCAGAGCAGCAACAGGGUCGGGACCUGGAAUUGGACCGCCUGGUCCGCCAGUCCCCCCUCCACACCCAACGCACCCCUUCCCCCUCUUCACCCGGAUCCACCCUGGACCUCCCCAAUGUGCCUUCUUACCCCCGCCUACCCCCCAUCAGCCUUUCCCACCAACACUCAGGCCUUUCCAACCCUGCCUUCCACAUCGAAGAUGAGCGCACCUCUGCUAGACCUUCAGCUGGCUCCAGACUCAGCAUUCACCCAGCUGUCAAUGUGGAAGACAUGGACUCAGACAUUGAGCAGCGAGGGAGAAUGACCCGCCAGAUGCCCCAAAUCAUCACUCCACAGGACCCCAACCUCAAAACCCUCACCGUGCCAGGAGCAUCAAAAACAGGCAGAACCAGGGACAGAAAACCACAAAAUAUUUGGACCAAAAUAAAGAAGCUGUACUCCUCAGGAGACGAGGAAGAGGAGGAGCUGGAGACCACAGUGAGGGCAUGGCCCAGCCAGAGCAGCAUCACCAGUGAUGACGGACUGAAGGAGCGUCCAGCUUCCUCUGCCAGUCAGACCAGCACUGUGGUGAAUGAGCGUCUGCAGGAGCUGGUCAAGCUCUUUAAAGAGAGGACAGAGCGCGCCAAGGAGAAACUUAUUGAUCCCGAUGACUCGGACAACGAUACAUCACCUGCCUCUCCUGCAAAAGCAGCUCCAGCACCUCCUCCUGAGCCUGUGGAGGAGCCUGAGGCAGAAGAGAAAGCACAGGAUGCUCCUGCAGAUGAGGAGCCUCAGGAAGAGGAAUAUAGCAGGUUGCUGUGCUUUAAGGUGAAGCGUCAGUCCAGGAUGGGCCGCGUGCUUCAGUAUCGCUUCCCGGCUAGCAUCGACCCCUUCACCAACCUGGGCUACGUGCUCUGGUUGUUCUUUGUCACUUUUGCCUGGAACUGGAACCUGUGGAUGAUCCCAGUGCGCUGGGCUUUCCCCUUUCAGACCCCAGACAACAUUCACCUGUGGCUAAUGACCGACUACCUGUGUGACGCCAUCUACAUCAUGGACAUCCUGCUCUUCCAGCCCCGCAUGCAGUUCAUCCGCGGUGGGGACAUCGUGAGUGACAAGAAGGAAAUGAGAGAAAACUACAUGAAAGCUCUGCGAUUCAAGCUGGAUGUGGCAAGUCUCCUUCCACUGGAGCUGUUCUACUUCAAAACAGGGAUCAACCCGCUCCUCCGCUGCCCACGGCUAUUGAAGAUCAUGUCUUUCUUUGAGUUCAACAUGCGACUUGAGGCCAUUUUGACCAAGGCCUAUGUUUACAGAGUCAUUCGCACCACCACCUACCUACUGUACUCCCUCCACUGCAACGCCUGUCUGUAUUACUGGGUGUCUGCCUAUGAAGGCCUAGGCUCUACACAUUGGGUGUAUAAUGGAGAAGGCAAUGCUUAUAUCCGAUGUUACUAUUUUGCUGUAAAGACCCUGAUCACCAUCGGCGGGCUUCCGGACCCCACCACUCUCUCUGAAAUCAUUUUCCAGCUGAUCAAUUACUUCGUUGGCGUGUUUGCCUUCUCCAUCAUGAUUGGACAGAUGAGAGACGUGGUGGGUGCAGCCACGGCUGAUCAGACGCACUACCGCUCCUGCAUGGACAGCACAGUGAAAUACAUGGGCUCCAACCGCAUCCCCAAAGACGUACAGAACCGGGUGAAAACCUGGUACAACUACACGUGGCAGUCUCAAGGCAUGCUGGAUGAAGAGGAGUUACUUGUGCAGAUACCAGACAAGAUGAGGCUGGAUAUAGCAGUGGAUGUAAGCUACUCUAUUGUCAGCAAAGUCCCCCUCUUUGAGGGCUGUGACAGGCAGAUGAUUUAUGACAUGCUGAAAAGACUCAGGUCUGUUGUGUAUCUUCCUGGAGACUAUGUCUGCAAAAAGGAUGAGGUUGGUCGCGAGAUGUACAUCAUAAAGUCGGGAGAGGUUCAAGUGGUUGGGGGUCCAGAUGGGAAGACUGUAUUUGCGACACUGAAAGCAGGAUCAGUGUUUGGUGAAAUCAGUUUGUUGGCAGUGGGUGGAGGGAACCGGAGAACAGCAAACGUGAUAGCACACGGCUUCACCAACCUCUUCAUCCUGGACAAGAAGGGCCUCAACGAAAUCCUGGUGCACUAUCCAGAGUCCCAGAAACUGCUCCGCAAGAAAGCAAAGAAAAUGCUGGCGAAUAAGAAACCUGCAGAGAAGAAAGAGGAAGCGAAGGAGCCGGUGCAUGUGAUCCCACCACGGCCUGAGACCCCCAAACUGUUCAAAGCAGCACUUGAGAUGACAGAGAAAUCUGGCCUGCGAGGCACACUGGCCAAACUGAAGGAGAAGACCAACAAGUCCAGUGUCUCAUUACAGCCGUCCGUCUGUUCUUCCGUGCUGCCUGCCUCUCCUGUCCCUGGCCAGCCCUCAGAGCAAGAACCUGAUCUUCUCUCCCAGAUGUCAGACAGCUCUAUGCAGGGAUCUCCCAUUAGCCCCUCAGCUCAGGAGUGCCUGGCUCAUGAAGGGUCAGCAGCUGAGAGGAAGAUAGUGGGGAGGGACAGAAUGGAUGAGUAAUGCAGGACAGUACGUUACUGUUCAAAAGUUUGGAAUCACAUGUCUUAUUACUAUAUAUGAAAUAAUAAAUUAUUAAUAUGUUAUAAAAUAUAGUUUUCAAUAUUAUUGGUACCAUAAUGUUAAGCUGUUUGUGCAUCUAGGGAACAAUGAAAUGUUAUUAAAUGAUAAAUUAUAUACUUUAAUUUAUACUAACUUUUUAGAAUUUUUUGUCAGCUUGUAUUUCUUGAGAUUCAGUCACCACAUACAAAGCAUCUCAGACAGCUUGGAAUUUUCUACAGCCCGGUACAUCAUUCUGGACACAACCAGAGUUACUAAAUGAUUUAUUUUUCUGGCUUCUUACGAACCUGUAAUUAGAUUGUUUGUUAUAUUAGGAAAAGCCUUGAUUCCAUACUUUUGAAUGGUAGAGUAUCUCAGUAUGUGUGAAUUCAGCUUGAACUCAGCUAUUUGCUACUAUUCAGCCACAGGACGGUUGAAGUGGGUGUGGAAGGUCAUCUUCCAUCUCCGUGGAAUGGGCCUAGAUGGAAUACCACACAACACAAUGGUUUCCUGUUCCAGUCCUAGAGAAGCCCAGGCUGCUGCACUUACACUGUUGUGUUUUUCCUUCUCUAACUCAAAUCUGGCUCAGAUAAUGAAAGGUUUGGUCAUCAGCUUGCAAGUUGAAUCCAGUGUGUCUGAUCAGGGAAAACUGUAGUAUGUGCAGAGCACCCUUCUAGCGUAUACAGUAACACAGUCAUCCUCGAUGGCAUUAUAUUAGUUCAAGCUGAGGUCAUUUGGUCCAGACUGGGCUCAGGAGUCCACUAUAAUUAUUUAUAUCAGUGGCUGUACGUUGUCCCUACACAAUCACGUAUAAUGAUCUUACUUCCAGAUACUGCAAUAAGACAUGAUUUCCAUUGUUAUUUAUCUUUUUUGCUACUGGAAGUCUUUGCCUAGUGAGGUGGAGCCAUGUGUUUGCCAUAAUUUCAAUAAGUCCAACCCUGAUAGCAAAUGUCUAUGAAUGAUAUCAUACAGGAGCAAUGGUUCAGCAAUACUUUAAGUAGCUUUUAUUUCUGUGUCCUUUUCUUGGUCUGUGCACUGUUUGCAGAGGCCUUACAUCUUCAGGUUUACCACUCUGUAUGCGUAAAAGGUCCCAAUCAUGAUGCCAAGUGCCUUAAAGUGCCCCCAAUUUCUUUUAAAUCCCCUUUUGAAAGGGGAAUUACAUUGAGGUUUUGUACAUAUCUGCAUAAUUCAGUGUCUGAGUUGUAAAUAAAGUAGUUCAGAGUGGUUUGAGAAACUUAACUCAUAUCUCCCUAUAGUGGUGCUGAUAGGAACCAGGAGUCCUGAUGUCUACAACAUAAAUAUUGCCAUUUUAUUUACUAUCCAAAAUAACAUGUCUUGUGCAUUUUCAUAUGUAAUGCUGCUGAUGGUAAAGUAGUGGCAAAUGUGGGGGGGGGGAUGGGGUUUCUUUGGGGACUAUUUUGCCUCACAUUUCCCGGCAUAUAUCUCCUGCCAUGAAUGUAUUUUUUUUUUAAAUUGUUUUAGGUCAAAAUCUUUCUUUAAAACUAUCACAAAACAGUGUCUCAGGCAUCAGGCAGUGUAUUCAUAACCCUUUAAGUGAGGUUGUUUUCAGAGGCAUUUACUGCUUCGGAUGUCUGUUUCCUAUCACCACCACUGUGAACAGUUCUGACUGUGAGUGGAAUGGAACAUUUAGUAAAGCACAUCAUACCACUUUGAAUGACUCUGUUUACAUCUUCAUCAUUUCAUAGAGCCUGUUUAAGUUUAUUUUUACAUAAUAAGUUGUCUUUGUCACAAAAGGAAUUUAUGUCUGGAAUUUCCAGUCAGUUGUGGGUUCCUGCAGGCCACACCUACCACACUAACAAAUUAUGGUUACUCUAUCAAGCAGAUCUAUGUAAAGUAAAGCAUCCACACUGACCAACGAAACAAAUUACGUACAUUAUUUUAUACCGUCUGCCACCCUGUGAACCGCAGGGACACAGAUCAGUCUCUUCCUUUAGCAGAGGACAAUCAGAACAUUUAUAUACAAAUAACACGAGCAUGAAAAACUGCAGUGAACAGAAAGCAUGUUUCAAACUAGACAGAUAAACAGAAGCAUUAUAAAUAGCCUGGGUUUAUUAAAGGCAAGAAAACAUGAAUUCCUGAGACACAAAACAUAUGUGAAGCAUUUGAAGAUGUCAUUUCACCCCAUUAAGGAGGGGAGGCGAGCAUUAAUUCUAACAUGACUGCUCAGCAUCUGUCUGCUCGAUCAGAGAUAUUAGAAGGGGUGCAAAACCCCAGAGGAUUAUCCUCCCUUCAUGACAUCCAGAUGUGGAGGGGGAAAACAGGGUUGGGUGUUGCUGAUGUAUUAGGUGAAAAGACUGUACUGCCAUUAAUAAGAAGGAAAAACAAAGCAGGGUUUUGUAACAAGGAACAGAUGAGCAACGUUUUGCCUUUCUUCAUACCAAUUUUAAUAAAUCAUUCUGGGGUAUUUAGUGGUUCAUGUUUCUAUGUUGUCUCUGAUAUUAGUCAACUUCUAAAAUGAGAGCAAAAUGGCCUGCCAAUAUGAAGAUGAGGGGUUACAGAACAUAACCUUAAAGGGGCACUCCAGCCAAAAUGAACAAUGUAUCCAUCGCUACAUCUGUGGUAAACAUGCCUCCUCUCCUCUCACAGUAGUGGUGAAGUACUGCUUUACUGUUUAAAGACUAGGAAACUCCCUUCUGAUGAUGUAUCUUGAAGGUGGGAGGAACUACAAGCGUCCUGGGGUGGCUAAUGCAGAUUACGUUAGUGCCAGGAAGCUGAAUAUCAUACCUGUGCAUGUCUUCAUGGCCAUUAGGGGGAUCCCCAGUGGCUGUUUGACAUAUUUGCGCAAUGCAUGCUGGAUAUUGUAGUGAGAGAGCAUUGAUGGACGAAACAUCGCAAGGAUACAAAAUGCAAUACUGCACUAUGGAAUGUUGCACAAUAUAACGAACAAUGUUGGCUGGAAUGCCCCUUUUACCUUUCAGACUAAAAUAACAGAUAGCAGCUUGAUUAUUUUGUUUCCAUUCAUUAUUUUUAGUCAUGUUUCGUGCAACACAAUUGCGGCAACUUUCACACUUGUUCCCCAAACUGUCAUUUCUGAACCUGCUUGUAAAUAUGAUGGAAUAACAUGGGAUGCAUUUCUUUAGGCAUUAAAACUGUUUUUUAAAUACAUGUUUGUAAUUUGCGUUGACACUGUAUAGCUGUGUAUUUGAUAUAUAUGAUUUGAUUUCAUAUGAUAAAUGAUACUAGAUUAACCUGCUGACCAGCUACCUGCACUGCCUGACCUGUAGAUAUUAUUCAUUACCUAGAAGGAGAUGUUGCUGCUGAACAUACUCAUUCUUGCCAUCCUUUUGAACUGAUGUCAGUGUGUUUAAAUAAAUACAGCUUGUGUGUAUUACA